CACUGCCCAAUUUGGACGCUACUUAUUCCGCCUCCGUUAGCCAGAGGCGAACAACAAGAAACUUGAAAAGCAAACAAAGAAGAAACUUUAAAAACAGGCUGCCAAACAUUCAUCAACUACCCUCAACUUCCUUAGUACUAACAUAAAUGAUACUCUCAAAAGUCAAAACAUUUAUUAAAAGAAAAAAGGGGAAACUUUACUUUUUGCACCCCCUUUUCUUUAAUUUUAGCUCUUGAACUAGUCUUUUUUUCUCUCUCAGUUAGAAAACCACCAGCUAAGCAGAACACAUGAUGUGGGUCCCCUUCUUUUCUUGUUGUUGAAAGUCUGAUCAGGGUAAUUGGUAUUGAAAUUGUUGAUUUGAGGAGUUUUCAAAGUAGCAACUUUAGACAUUUCAAGAUUCAAGAAUGUGGAGGAAUCUUGGAGCUUCUGCUGAUUCAUUCUAUCAAGUUCGUCCUGAGUGUACUGAUGAUGUUCCAGAAACCAAGUUUAGAAUCAAGGUCGGGAAAACCCUUAGUGCAAGAAGAUGGCAUGCUGCAUUUACCCCAGAAGGUUAUCUUGACGUAGGCAAUGUACUUAGUCGAAUUUGUCAUGGGGGAAUUCAUCCAUCAAUUAGAGGUGAAGUUUGGGAGUUUUUACUGGGUUGUUAUGAUCCAAGGAGCACAUUUGAAGAACGAGAGCAGUUACGACAACAUCGGAGGGUACAGUAUGCUGCAUUGAAAGAAGAAUGCCGCACAAUGUUUCCCUUGAUUGGAAGUGGUCGGUUUAUUUCUGCACCUGUUAUCACUGAAGACGGUGAUCCUGUUCUAGAUCCUAUAGUUCUUCAAGAGUUAAAUGCAGCAGAAGUAUCAACUUCAGUUGGUCAAAUUGGUGCUUCUGGUGGUUUUGAAAUGGUAAAGGAGCACGAUAAAAGUGUAAUCCAGUGGAAACUCUCAUUACACCAGAUAGGGUUGGAUGUGAUUCGCACCGACAGGACCCUUGUAUUUUAUGAGAAGCAAGAGAAUUUAUCAAAGCUCUGGGAUAUUCUGGCUGUUUAUGCUUGGUUUGACAAAGAUGUCAGUUAUUGUCAAGGAAUGAGUGAUCUUUGCUCUCCCAUGAUUAUUCUACUUGAUGAUGAAGCUGAUGCAUUUUGGUGCUUCGCGCGUAUGAUGAGGAGACUGAGAAGUAAUUUCAGAUGUACUGGGAAUUCUGUCGGAGUGGAGGCGCAGCUGAGUAAUCUAGCAUCAAUAACUCAAGUUGUUGAUCCCAAACUUCACCAGCACUUGGAGACAUUAGGCGGAGGUAAUUACGUGUUUGCUUUUCGAAUGCUCAUGGUUUUGUUCCGUCGAGAAUUUUCUUUCGCUGAUUCGUUGUAUCUUUGGGAGAUGAUGUGGGCCCUGGAAUAUGAUCCCGAUUUGUUUCUUAUGUAUGAAGACCCUGACUUGACUGCUGAAAAAUCUGAACGACCAAAAGUAAAGUCAAUACGACAGUGUGGGAAAUAUGAGAGAGAGAACAUGAGAAAUGGUGGUAAAGGUGCAGAAGCUCCCCUCCCGAUUUCUGUGUUCCUAGUGGCUAGUGUGCUGAAGGACAAGAGCGCGAAGUUAUCGGAAGCUAGAGGACUAGACGAUGUUGUUAAGAUCCUGAAUAACAUUACUGGAAACUUGGACGCGAAAAAGGCAUGCAGUAGUGCAAUGAAACUUCACAAGAAGUAUCUUAAGAAGGCAGCCAACACCAAUAGGUAGUCGAGCAGACGCGAAUGUCAGUUGAUUCAGAAGUCAUGGAGCUCGUGUCACGUUCUCAAUGAACUUAAUGACAUUGUUAUCACCUCAUUGCAUUUCAAGGUCUGAAAAGGAUCUAUAUUAAUAUUUGUUGGCCCUGUCGGUGAACAUUAGCUGUUUUUGCUACUGUAGUUUUGAUGUUCUAAGACAUGGAAAAUACCAUUCUCGUCUGGUCCCAAGUUGGGACUCUCAUUAUAUAUGUGUAUAUUAGUUCCAAGUUAAAUGUCUAAGGGUCUAUGUACACAAAGUUACUCUUCCAAAGGUUGUAUAAUAGAUGUUGUAAAACAGCAAUUUUAUUUUCCAUCAAGGAAAUAGGAGGAUAAA